AUGAAACUGCUUCCAUUCCUAGUUCUGAUUUCCAGUCUGCUGGACUAUGGCUACACUUCUGCAAGCUGCAACAUGACAUGCCACAAAGAUGCCAGGUGUGAAGUUCAGGGUGGGACAACAGGCUGCUAUUGCUCCCAAGGAUAUACAGGAAAUGGCAUAACAUUCUGUUACGAUGAUAAUGAAUGUGAAAAUGCUACUCAGCCUUGUGGAGAGCAUGCCAAUUGCACAAACACAGUGGGAAGUUAUUUCUGCAUGUGUAUGCCUGGUUUCAAAUCCAGCAAUGGUCAACAAACUUUUGUACCUAAUGAUGGAACCUCCUGUGUGGAUGUAGAUGAGUGCAGCAAUGAAGGAACUGUUGCUUGUGGAGAUCAUGCAAAAUGUGAAAACGUGGAUGGAGGGUUUAACUGCUCCUGUAAGGAAGGUUAUCAACCAUCCACAGGAAAAUUGCAGUUUAAGCCGAAUGAUGGCACUUCCUGCCAAGAAAAUCCGAAGGCCGAGUGUGAGUUAUACAAAGACUGUGUAACUGAACAUACUAACAGAACUUUAGCUGGGAUUAGUCAUUUGAAAACACCCCUGGAGAUGCUACAGGAAAUUAAUAAAAAUACCUUGGGACCACUUUUACCUGUAGAUGUGAUUUCAUAUGUUGAAGCACUAUCUUAUUCAUUGUUGAAUACCAGGCAUUACUCUGUUUCUGACAAUGAAACACUUCGUAAUACAACCAUUAAUGUUUUGGUUAGUACUGUGAACAAUUUUUUACAAAAAGACAAGAUCACAGUCUGGGAAGCUCUUGCUUUAGAUAACCAAAGACGGAGCCUGACUAAGCUGCUGCAUACUGCAGAACAAGCAACGCUUCUCAUGUCACAGAACUUCAAAAAGACAACACAGCUAGAUGCUAAUGCAAGUGACAUAGCACUCAAGGUUUUUGCUUUCGAUUCGCAUCACAUGAAACACAUUCACCCUCAUGUAUACGCAGGGGGAGAUUACAUAAAGAUCUCUCCAAAGAAGAGAGAGGAAUCUCAUCCUAAUGGGACCGUUGCAGUUGUCUUUCUGCGGUAUAGCAAUAUUGGUUCUUUGCUUUCAUCGCCUAAAAACCUCUCCUCAAAAGACACUUCAGAGCAGAGACAGACCGUAAGCUCAUCAGUUAUAGCUGUGGCAAUUAGCUCAAAUCCACCUACACUCUAUGAGCUUGAGAAAAUAACAUUUACCUUAAAGUAUGCCAAGACUGUGGAUAAAGAUGUUAAAUGUGCAUUUUGGAACUACUCAGCAGACACAAUGAAUGGCAACUGGGCUACAGAAGGCUGUGAGCUGACACAUUCCAACUCCACUCAUAUCUCAUGCAAAUGUAAUCAUCUGACUCAUUUUGCUGUUUUGAUGUCCUCAGGUGGCUCUGUUGGUGUUACAAAUUAUAACAUUCUUACAAGAAUCACUCAGCUAGGAAUAAUUAUUUCGUUGAUUUGCCUCUCCAUGUGCAUUUUUACAUUCUGGUUCUUCAGUGAAAUUCAAAGCACUAGAACGACAAUUCACAAAAACCUCUGCUGCAGCCUUUUCCUGGCGGAACUUAUUUUUCUGAUUGGAAUUAAUAUGAACAAUAAUAAGCUCUUCUGUUCAAUUACUGCUGGAUUACUCCAUUAUUUCCUUCUAGCUGCUUUUGCGUGGAUGUGUAUUGAAGGUAUUCACCUCUACCUUAUAGUUGUGGGAGUCAUCUACAACAAGGGUUUCUUGCAUAAGAAUUUCUAUGUCUUUGGCUACGUCAGUCCAGCCGUGGUCGUUGGAAUCUCUGCUGCACUAGGAUAUAAGUACUAUGGCACCACAGAAGUAUGUUGGCUCAGCACGAAGAACAACUUUAUAUGGAGUUUUAUAGGACCAGCAUGUCUAAUAAUUCUUGUAAGUAUAAUUUUCAUUUUUUUAUUGUAG